UAUCGCUACUGUCAAAUUUGAUAGUUGUUCUGUCAAUGAUUUAUAAAAUAUAUAAGAAGUGUAAUCGGUUUGAAAUAAUUACUAAAUUAAAUAAUUUUGAAUGAAUUUCUAAUGCAUUUUUAAAUUAAUGCAGUAAUAUCGAGAUAGAUAUUUGAAUUUUUCUAAUUGAAACAAUGGCAUUGCAAACAGGUUAUAAACUAAGCAGAGCAUUAUUCCAAAAGAACCAAUUAUGGAAUUCUCAAAAAAAUAUAGAAAAUUGUUUGAUCAAACAAUAUACUUCGACGGAAUGGAAAAAUUUAAGUGAAAGACCAAAAAUCAAAGUAACUGAUAUGCCGCCUAUGGAUGAACCUGUUAAAGGAUUACCUAGACCGGUCUACGCUAAUUUUAAGGAAGAAGAUCAGAAGACGAAAGUAACUAUAUUAUCCAACGGUUUAACUGUAGCUUCUGAAAAUAGAUUCGGCGCUUUUUGUACUGUAGGAGUUGUUAUAGAUUCAGGAUCUCGAUACGAAGUCGCAUAUCCUAGCGGUAUAUCACAUUUUCUUGAAAAAUUAGCUUUCAAUUCGACAAAAUUUUACCCCGACAAGGAUGAUAUGAUAAAUAGAUUGGAACAGCACGGAGGCAUAUGCGACAGUCAAGCUUCAAGAGAUACAUUCAUUUAUGCGGCAUCAGCUUAUACAUCAGGUUUAAAUGAUGUUAUUCAACUGCUAGCUGAAGCUACUUUAAGACCAAACAUAACAAACGAAGAAUUAUUGAACGCCAAACAAGCCAUAAACUUUGAAUUGGAAACAUUAAAUAUGAGACCUGAACAAGAAACUAUAUUAAUGGACAUGAUACACGCAGCAGCAUAUAGUGACAAUACUUUAGGACUUCCGAAACUUUGUCCUCAAGAAAACGUUAAUAAGAUUAGUAGAAAUAUGCUACUAACAUAUCUCAAAAACCACUACACUCCUAAGAGAAUGGUUGUGGCAGGUGUGGGUGUCGAACACCCAAAAUUAGUAGAUGCUGUCCAAAAAUAUUUCGUAGAUAUCAAACCGGUUUGGGCGGAAAUACAGAAUUCAGAAACAAUUAAAGAUGUUAAUGUGGACAAUAGUGUGUCUCAAUAUACGGGUGGUAUGGUACAUGAAGAAUGUGAAAUACCGCAGUUCGCUAGUGCAGGUCUCCCGGUACUUUCUCACGUGGUGAUUGGCUUAGAAAGCUGUUCUCAUCAAGAUAAGGACUUUAUAGCUACUUGUGUACUUAAUAUUAUGAUGGGGGGCGGAGGAUCUUUCAGUGCGGGUGGACCGGGGAAAGGAAUGUAUACUAGAUUAUAUACAAAUGUUUUAAAUAGAUACCACUGGAUGUACAGUGCUACCGCUUGUAACCACGCGUAUUCUGAUAGUGGUCUGUUUUGUAUACACGCCAGUGCACCACCUACUCACCUUAGAGAUAUGGUGGAAGUAGUAGUUAAAGAAUUAGUGGGCAUGCCAAAGAAUAUAACCGACGAAGAACUGAGGAGGGCCAAAACUCAAUUACAGUCCAUGUUACUGAUGAAUUUGGAAUCGAGACCUGUUAUGUUUGAAGAUAUCGGACGACAAGUUCUGGCGUCGGGACAAAGAAGGAGGCCGAGAUAUUUUAUAAACGAAAUUGAAAAGAUUUCUAAGGAUGACAUAGUGAGAGUUGCGAGAAGAUUACUCAGUUCUCAACCUGCCGUCGCCGCGAGAGGUGAUCUCAGAAAAAUGCCAUCUUUAGAAUAUAUACAAGCCGGACUUAUAGAUUCCGAAGGUAGGAUGCCCAGUGGUCGUAAAUUAUUACUAUUUAGGUAGAUGAAAUAAAAAUAUAAAAAUUAUUUGUAAAUUAUGUAAUUAAAUUUUUUUUAAGUAAA